AUCAAGAGGGAUACAUAGACAUACAAGCAAAUUGGCAGGUCGGCACCAGGUAGGAUGAGGCAGCAGCUCGUCUAACCAGAUCCAUCCUCCUGACUAUCAAUCCCACGCACCACCAUAUAGCCAACAUUGUCGAGCAAAGGAUCUUCCAUUUGACCUUUCACAAGCCACAGCAAAGUGCAUUAUGUCGUCGCUGAGCGAGUACGCAGCCUUGAAGGCGCAAGUCCUCUCGUCCUUGGAUCGGUACGAGUCUGUGCUCAAAGAAGGCAAGCUUUCGGAGCCUUCUCUCAAUGGAACGCAAAUGCACGAGACCGAUCAUCCGGGCUACCUGGCUUCCAAGGAUUUCUGGGACGCGAGAGACGUGCUGGUGGCCGCUCUGGGAGCGCUGAAGAACACGGUCCAGUCGCCUGCUAAUCGGCUGCAGGAAUUGUCUGUCGCCCACCACAUCAGCGCCGCUCUGCAGGUCGCGGUCAGAGCCAACGCAGCCGAUCAGCUCGCAGCAGCAGGUCCGCAAGGACUGCCUGCGACAGAUUUGGCCAAGGCAGUCGGCUUGCAUCCAGCCAAGCUGACGAAAGUGCUGCGAUUCUUGGCAAACAUGAACAUUUUCAACGAAGUCACGGAGGGCGUGUUUGCCAACAACCGCGCGUCCUCGCUGCUGGUGACAAGUAAUCCUGUCCGCGACUUUGUGUCCUGGCAGACCAGCUUCUCCUUGAAGGCUGCGCCCCAAGUUGCGGACAAUCUGUUCGAUCCGAAGAAAGGUCUCUCCCUCGACCCGCUCGACUGCGCGGUGGGCACGACGUACCAGAUUAGGGAAAGCGGUCAUACGGACAUGUGGGGUCGCAUGGCAGAGCUCACCGAUAUGUCGGAGUUCGCUCGUGCGAUGAGUGCAUUUGGAGAUGCCGGCAACCCAGGCUGGGUCGCAGAUUACCCUUGGGAUUCGCUUGGCGACACGACUCUCGUCGAUGUUGGAGGCGGGCAUGGAGCUCUGACCUUGCCGCUGCUGCAAGCCUUCCCUCAUUUCAAAGGCGUCAUUCAAGACCGCCUCGAGGUGGAGGGAGCCUACAAAACGCAUUUUGAACAAAAGCUCCCCGAGGCUUUGAGCUCCAACAGGGUCAAGUUCGAAGUCUACGACUUUUUCAACGACGUUCAACCUCACAAGGGAGAUGGAUUCACUUACAUGAUGCGCUGGAUCCUGCACGACUGGCCGGAUUACAAGUGUGAAAUCAUUCUGAAGCUCAUCGCUGCUGCCAUGUCACCAAAGAGCAAGCUGAUCAUUGUCGACACUAUUCUGCAACCUGCGAGCAUCGUGCCAAAAGACGCCAAUCCUGCCGACCUGAUACACGCUAGCGUGUGGCCCCUACCUCGAUCUCAAGGUGCCGCUGGACAGUUCAAAAUGAACAUCGACUUCGAGAUGAUGCAAGCGCUCAACGCCACCGAACGAACGCCAAAGGACUUUGAUAGGAUCCUCAACGCGGCCGGUCUGAAGAGGACCGGAAUGUACAAGUGUCGCGCCCAAAGCGACAUCGUCGAGGCUAUGCUUGCGUGAUCGCGAUGCCCGCGGUGCUCAGCUCGCGGCCGCGAUGCUCGAGAAGAUGUAUCAUGUGCUACAAGUCGUUGUCUGCAGUCUCCGAGCGCAACAUCUGCUAUAUCUUAUCGCCGCAAAGAUCUGCGGGGGCUUUUCUUGAAACACGAAUGCCAUCACUUUGCGCACACGAUUGUUGUG